AUCGUCAGCAGUACCCAUACGCCAUCCGUGAGAGCAGUACUGGCCCCUCCAAUCAUAUAUAUAUAUAUAUAUAUAUAUAUGCAACUGAACUAGGUACCCUAUAUAUAGGAAAAGAGAGAGAGAGAGAGAGAGAGAGAGAGAGAGAGAGAGAAGAGGGUACCUAGUUCAGUUGCAUAUCCAUGGGCAUGGGAAGCGCCUGUCUCCUCUCGACCGCUGCAAGAAGGCUACAAGGGAAGGUAGCGCUAAUCACCGGCGGCGCUAGAGGCAUCGGCGAGGCCACUGCACGCCUCUUCACCAAACACGGAGCCAGAGUGGUUAUCGCAGACGUCGAAGACGACUUGGCCCGUUCCGUCUGCCGAGACCUUCCGCUCAACUCCUCCACCUUCGUCCACUGCGACGUCACCGACGAAACGCAAGUCGAAAACGCCGUCAACUCGGCCGUCUCCAGCUACGGCACGCUCGACAUUAUGUUCAACAACGCCGGCGUGACGGGUACCGCCAAGCCCUCCAUUCUCGACGGCGACAAGGCGGAUUUCGAGCGCGUCGUGGGCGUCAACCUGGUGGGCGCCUUCCUGGGCACCAAGCACGCCGCCCGGGUGAUGAUCCCCAACCGCCGCGGUGCCAUAAUUAUGACGGCGAGCGUGUGCUCCACCGUGGGCGGGGUGGCGUCGCACGCGUACACGAGUUCGAAGCACGGUGUGCUGGGGCUGGCGCGGAACGCGGCGGUGGAUCUAGGGCGGCACGGGAUUCGGGUGAACUGCGUGUCGCCGUACGUGGUGCCGACGCAGCUGGCGAUGGAGUACUUCGAGAUGGACGAUGAGGGGGUGUCGGGGUUGUAUUCGAAUUUGAGAGGGGUGACUCUGAAGGCGGAGGAUGUGGCGGAGGCGGCGCUCUAUCUGGGGAGUGACGAGGCUAAAUAUGUGAGCGGCCAUAAUCUUCUGGUGGACGGAGGCUUCACCAUUGUGAAUCCUGCUUUUGGUAUAUUCGGACAUUGAUGUAGUCUUUCUAUCCCAAUUCCCAAAUCUAAUCAAGCCCUCGUUUUUUGUAAACAUAAACAACAUGAAUGGUGGUUUAGUUGUGGAAAAUAAAAUAGUUUUUUU